AUGAGUGUCCCUCGUGCGCGGUUACUGGAUUUGAUGAAGGCGCAAUGCCAAGUCUUCGCCACGACAUUCAACCCUGAGGGGGUUCGCAUGGGCAACAAGGUCUUGCGACAGCGAUUGAAAGGCCCAGCGCUCGCCGCCUAUUACCCCCGGAAGUUAGCAUCGAUCAAGGAUGUGAAGCGAGAGUUUGGCCCGGUGCUUGCCACAUGGGAUGAAGCCGAGGAAGAUCGGUUCGAGUACAUUGAAGAGCUCAAACAGCGUGGAAAGAGUGCACCGAAGAAGAAGACGGGUCCCCCUGGUACG